GGAGUUAUUUUGAAGGAAAAAAGGGAGUCAUACUCACGAUCUCACUGAAUCUAAGAAAAUCUAUUGCACUCCGUGAGAAUUCGCGUUUAAUCUCUCUCUCUCUCUCUCAAAAGUUCCCGGUCCGUGGCUCGGCGCGAGAUUGCCCAGAAGUUGCCCCCAUUAUAAGUACAAAUUCUCUCAAAAUCACCAUUACAAGCUACAAACGCUUAAGUCUUAACAGAGAUGGAGAAUGAGAUAGAGCCACCGAGGGUAGAGCGAUAGGUAUAGUCGUGUAACGAGACAAGAUCGUCAGGGCCGGUCAAGUCAGAUCAGAUCCGUGAAAUCAUCUUUACCAGCAAAUUUCAGGAAAUAAGCCCUGGCGAAUUCGCUGUGAAUCGUCUCGCAUUCGGAGUGUUCGUCGAAUAGUUUUUGUUCUUUUUCUUCCAUGUUUGAUUUAUGUGGAAUGGGGCGACAGUUGGGUUGCAGGGGCUUUGGAAAUGUGGAAAGUGGGUUGUUACUUUAGGCAAGAUAGAAGAUAGGGUCUUGAACUAGGGUUUGCAAAGGUCACACAUUUGGUAUUGGAAACAACGGUUCUUUUUAGGGUUUUGGCGUUUGAUGUUUACAGUCGCAUGAGGUUUUGCUGUUGUUGUGGUUUUGGCGAAGAGAUAGAAUACGAGGAAAGCACUAGGAGCAUCGAGGGGGGCUUGCUUUAUACUGCAACUGAAGUUAAGUUUAAGGAAUUAUUGCGUACGAAAAUGGACGACGAGGACUCUGGGGCUGGAACUCCGCAAAUGGGAUUCAAGGAUGGAACGAUGGAUGGUUCGCCGAGCGAGGAGACUGUGGUGGAAGAUUUGGAUUUGGGGAUGGCUGUUAGGACGAGGGAUCCGGCUGAGAAGGAGAUGCCCCGUGACGCUUCCGUUGCCUGGGAACUUGCUUUUGGGAGUUCCCGUUGUUUUGACAAGUAUGUACAAGCCAGUAGUCAGUGCGUAGCGGAUGGUGACGGGUUGGGUCUAGGUGAAGAAAAUUCUUCCUUAGGCCUGGGAAAAGGGAAUCACAAUCGGGAUUUCCAGCAUAAACGGGCCAAAGUUCAUUCCGAUUCUCGAGAAUAUGGUUAUGCAUGUACAAUAAUGUCAGGUGCUGAUACUUCCAUUUCACUUGCUGUUGGCAACUACGACACCAGUCAAAGUUCCUCUGCUUCAUGUGAAAAUGAUACAAUCAAUUAUCUUAAUUCCCUGCCAAAUGAUGGUGGUAAUGGAAAGUCUGCAGAUUCUAACAAUGGUGAUGAUGAUCAUGGAGAUGAGGGUAAUUCUUCAAAAAUGGAAGUCUCAGAAGUUAAGAUGGAUCUUACAGAUGACUUGUUGCACAUGGUUCUCUCUUUCCUGGACCAUAUUAAUUUAUGUAGAGCUGCUAGGGUCUGCAGGCAGUGGCAUGUGGCUAGUUCUCAUGAAGACUUCUGGAAGUAUUUGAAUUUUGAAAGUCGGGAAAUCUCUGAGAAUCAGUUUGUAGAUAUGUGUCAGCGAUAUCCAAAUGCCACUGAAGUGAAUAUUAUUGGCACCCCUGCUAUGGACACCCUUGCUAUGAGAGCAAUACGAUCCUUAAGGAACAUUGAGAUUUUGAUUUUGGGGAAGGGACAGCUUGGUGGUGAUUUUUUCUGUGACCUAGCUAAUUGUUCUAUGUUGAGAAGUUUGCGUGUCAUUGAUGCAACUCUUGGUAAUGGCAGUCAAGAGAUAACUGUGUUCCAUGAUAGAUUGCGCCAUCUUCAAAUUGUGAAGUGCCGUGUUCUCCGUAUUUGUGUGAGGUGUCCACAACUUGAAAUGUUGUCCCUGAAGCGUACCAACAUGACACAUGCAAUGCUUAAUUGCCCUCAAUUAUAUGAAUUAGAUAUAGGUUCCUGCCACAAGCUCUCAGAUGCUGGAAUCCGUUCAGCAGCAACGUCAUGCCCGUUAUUGGCAUCUUUGGACAUGUCAAACUGUUCAUGUGUUAGUGAUGAAACACUUCGGGAGAUAGCCUUCACUUGUGUUCAUCUUCAUUUUCUAAACGCAUCAUACUGCCCAAACAUCUCACUUGAGUCUGUAAGGCUGCCAAUGUUGAUGGUUUUGAAGCUUCAUAGUUGUGAGGGUAUAACUUCUGCUUCGAUGGCUGCAAUAUCUCAUAGUUAUAUGCUCGAGGUACUGGAGCUUGAUAAUUGUAGUUUGUUGACAUCAGUUUCCUUGGACCUUCCACGACUGCAGAAGAUCAGACUAAUACAUUGUCGCAAAUUUGUUGAUUUAAAUUUGCGAAGCCCUAUGCUUUCAUCAAUUACAGUUUCUAAUUGCCCUGCACUCCAUCACAUCAACAUCACAUCAAAUUCAUUGCAGAAAUUAGUAUUACAAAAGCAGGAAAGUUUGACCACAUUGGCAUUGCAGUGCCAGAGUUUGCAAGAAGUGGACCUUACUGAAUGUGAAUCUUUGACAAAUUCUGUUUGUGAAGUUUUUAGUGAUGGUGGUGGUUGUCCCAUGCUUAGAUCACUGGUUCUUGACAGUUGUGAGAAUCUGACAGCAGUAAGAUUCAACAGUACUUCUUUGGUCAGUCUUUCCCUUGUUGGUUGCCGUGCCAUGACUGCCCUUGAACUCACAUGCCCAUUUCUUGAGCAAGUUUAUUUAGAUGGCUGUGAUCAUCUAGAAAGAGCAUCAUUUUGUCCAGUUGGUCUUGGGUCCUUGAAUUUGGGGAUAUGUCCAAAAUUAAAUGUACUCCAAAUUGAAGCACCACACAUGGUUGUGCUGGAGUUGAAGGGAUGCGGUGUCUUGUCUGAGGCAUCCAUCAAUUGCCCUCAUUUGAUGUCUUUAGAUGCCUCCUUUUGCAGCCAGCUUAAAGAUGACUGCUUGUCUGCAACAACUGCAUCAUGCCCUCUGAUUGAGUCACUAAUAUUGAUGUCUUGCCCAUCUGUUGGUCCUGAUGGGCUCUCCUCUUUGCGCCAACUUUCUUGUUUGGCAUUGCUCGACUUAUCCUAUACUUUCUUGGUGAACUUGCAGCCAGUUUUUGAAUCCUGUUUGCAGUUGAAGGUAUUGAAAUUGCAGGCUUGCAAGUAUCUCACUGAUUCAUCUCUGGAGGCUCUGUAUAAGGAAGGGGCUCUACCAGCGCUUCGUGAAUUGGAUUUAUCCUAUGGGAGUAUCUGUCAGUCAGCCAUAGAGGAACUUCUUGCUUGCUGUACACAUCUUACACACGUCAGUUUAAAUGGAUGUGUGAAUAUGCAUGACCUUAAUUGGGGUCCAAGUGGUGGUCAGCUUUCUGAAUUGCCAAACAGCAGUGGCUCAACUGGCUUGUUUUCUCCAAAAGCUAUGCAUGAUACAAUUCAACAGCCUGACCGGCUACUACAGAACCUGAACUGUGUUGGGUGCCCAAACAUAAAAAAGGUUGUCAUUCCUCCUAGGGCCCGCUGUUUUCAUUUGUCAUCAUUAAACCUUUCUUUGUCAUCAAAUUUGAAAGAAGUUGGUGUUGCUUGUUUCAAUCUGAGCUUUCUCAAUUUGAGCAAUUGUUGCUCUUUGGAAGUUCUAAAACUUGAUUGUCCAAGGCUAACUAGCCUCUUCCUUCAGUCUUGCAGCAUUACUGAAGAAGCUGUUAAAGCUGCCAUAUCACACUGUAGCAUGCUCGAAACUCUGGACGUCCGUUAUUGUCCAAAGAUAGAUUCUAUGAGCAUGGGGAGAUUACGCGUUGUGUGUCCCAGUCUGAAACGCAUCUUUAGCAGUCUGUCCCCAUCAUGAUAUCGUUUGCAAAUACACGUCUUCCCUUGCAGGUCCGAUUGCUUCCGAAUGUCUCUCCGCUACAUGUUUUACUCUCGCAUGGAAACCGUCCUUGUAAAUAACCAAUUGUGAUGCAAUCGGCGUAAGUGACUUGGGUGUGGAUUGCUGAAGCUGUUCAGCAUCCGCCACAUGUAAAAGAUAUAAUAAAACUUUGUUUUUGUUAAUGCCUAUUGUUGUUUUAUGUUGGUA